CGCUCUUGCGCUGGAUUCAGCUGGAAAAGAAUAAAGUGUCCAAAUGCAGAGGAAAAACUGCUGAAGUGCCUGAUCUCCACACUGUUAUAAAGAUGGCGUUUAUUAAAGAGGAGAGUGAAGAUGUGAAGAUUGAAGAAACAUUCACAGUCAAACAUGAAGAUCUGCAGGAACAAACAGACCUAAUUGAAGAGAAUGAGGGGAGUGAGGAGGAACAUCAUGUCAAAAUUGAGGAAAAAACUUAUUUGCAGACUGAUGGCAUUUUGAAAAGGAGAAACAAGAAUCGUUUCACCUGUACACAGUGUGGAAAGAGUUUGGCAAGCAAAAGCCAACUUAAAAUUCACAUGAUAAUCCACACUGGAGAAAAACCAUUCACAUGCACUCAAUGUGGGAAGAGGUUUAACUGCUCAUCAAACCUUAAUCAACACAUUAGGAUCCACGCUGUAGAGAAACCAUUCACAUGUACUCAGUGUGGGAAGAGUUUCAGAUUAUCAUCACACUUUAAUCAACACAUGAUGAUUCACACUGGAAAGAAACCAUUCAAAUGCACUCAGUGUGGGAAGAGUUUCAGCCAAUUAUCAUUACUUAAUUACCACAUGAGUAUCCACACUGGAGAGAAACCAUUCAAAUGCACUCAGUGUGGAAAGAGUUUUACCUGCUCAUCCUCUCUUAAUCGACACAUGAGGAUCCACACUGGAGAGAAACCAUUUGCAUGCACUCAGUGUGGGAAGAGUUUCCUCCGCUCAUCACACCUUAAUCGACACAUGAGGAUCCAUACUGGAGAGAGACUAUUCACAUGCACUCAGUGUUGGAAGAGUUUUACCUGCUCAUCACACCUUUAUCGACACAUGAGGAUCCACACUGGAGAGAAACCAUUCACGUGCACUCAGUGUGAGAAGAGUUUCAUCCGCUCAUCACACCUUAAUCGACACAUGAGGAUCCACACUGGAGAGAAACUAUUCACUUGCACUCAGUGUGGGAAGAGUUUCAGCCAAUCAAUAUCCCUUAAUUACCACAGGAGGAUUCACACUGGAGAGAAACCAUUCACUUGCACUUAAGCUGCGGUCACACUGGAUUUUUCUUCCUAUAGACUUUCAUUUAUACGCAUGUGAAUGCGUCAGACUGGAAACGCAAGUUCGUGCCUCAAGUUUCGCAGUUCAUUGCCUUGCAGAGUUCAAGCUUGGGGAACUCUGACCUGCCAAAAUUGCAUAACUUGACUGUGUGAGACCUAUCGAAGAUCAAAACAUGACCUCUCUGGACAGUUUUUAAUGUCCAGUUUUAAACAUUUUUAAUGUUUAAUCAUCUUGUUUAAUCCUGCUCCUUUUCACAGCGCUGUACAACAGAAUUUUGCAUGCUCAAAUUCUAGUGUGACCACAGCUAUGGUGUUGUAAAUGUGUUGUGCUUCUCGCAUUUAUGUAAACACAAUGAUGGCGGCUGAGAGAAGAACAGUUUCAUAAACAUCUGGCAAACAGCACCUCUGCGGCUUGAAAUCUCAUCUGUACUGUACUCCAGUGUAAUUAUAUAGCUAGUGUUGUUUUGGAUGAUGUUCUGUUUGACUCCCUAAAUGAGAAAUCCAGAUUGGAGUAUGUGGUAAAUCCUGAUUGGAUGCCGGCAUUGCUCAUCAAUGGGUAUAUGAAAGUUGUUGUGCUAGCUACCCCAGGACCUGUGGCUACUCAGCCACAUGUCAAGACCUGCCAUUUCAUUGACUCUUUAACCUUAUGGUUUUGUUUUGCAUUACUUAUAUCAUGUAGUUAAAGUUUUGUUGUGAUUAUAUCCUAAGUUCUUUAUCUUUAUUAGUAUCCCUAGACAUUUGUUGGUUGUUUUGAUUGACUGUUUUAUGAGUUACAUUUUAUAAUAAAUCAUUUGCAUUCAGGCUA